CGUGUCGUUAGUGUCAACCCAGACAUUGGAAGGUUGUGAGUUCGAUACAUGGCCAAGGUCAUACCAAAAAUGUGACUGCUUGGCACUCAGCAUUGAGAUAAAUUAGGGGUAAGGCCCUGCAAUAGACUAGCGUCCUGUACAUGUACAUCAUGCUGCCUCACGCUACAGAAAUAGGAGCCCGGCUCCAGCUCGCACAAGGCUACUUACUUUACAACUUAAGUUCAAUAAUAGAAAUAGUACAAAGUAAAUGCAAUGAAUCUAAAGUAAUAGUGGUGUACCACAGUUUUGCUGGGCCCCUGUAAGGUUUGAGCAAGGGAUUUUUUGGGGGGGUGACUUCCUAUAAUGAUAACAUUUUCUUUAGCCUGUGGUAAAAUGUAUAUCUAAUCAUUCUAUUUUACACAUAUUUCCAUAGGGCAGAGAGAAAAUGUUGCUGUUUCAAAGCUAAUUUCGUGCUAUUUUGCAAUGAGGCUGAGAGGAUAGGUUUGCAAAAUUCUGGGACGUUUUAGAGCUAAUUUCCUGUAAUUAAACAUUUUUGCCAUGUUUUGUGACCUAUUCAUAUGCUACAAUAUAAACUCAGCAAAAAAAAGAAAUGUCCCUUUUUCAGGACCCUGUCUUUCAAAGAUAAUUUGUAAAAAUCCAAAUAACUUCACAGAUCUUCAUUGUAAAGGGUUUAAACACUGUUUCCCAUGCUUGUUCAAUGAACCAUAAAAAAAUGAACAUGCACCUGUGGAACGGUCAUUAAGACACCAACAGCUUACAGACGGUAGGCAAUUAAGGUCACAGUUAUGAAAACUUAGGACACCAACGAGGCCUUUCUACUGACUCUGGCCUUUCUACUGUGCCCAGGGUCCCUGCUCAUCUGCGUGAACGUGCCUUAGGCAUGCUGCAAGGAGGCAUGAGUACUGCAGAUGUGGCCAGGUCAAUAAAUUGCAAUGUCCGUACUGUGAGACGCCGAACACAGAGCUACAGGGAGAUAGGAUGGACAGCUGAUCGUCCUCGCAGUGGCAGACCACGUGUAACACCUGCACAGGAUCGGUACAUCCGAACAUCACACCUGCGGGACAGGUACAGGAUGGCAACUACAACUGCCCGAGUUACACCAGGAAUGCACAAUCUGUGAACGCACAUCUGUGCUCAGAUUGUCUGCAAUAGGCUGAGAGAAGCUGGACUGAGGGCUUGUAGGCCUGUUGUAAGGCAGGUCCUCACCAGACGUCACCGGCAACAACGUCACCUAUGGGCACACCGUCGCUGGACCAGACAGGACUGGCAAAAAGUGCUCUUCACUGACGAGUCGCGGUUUUGUCUCACCAGGGGUGAUGGUCGGAUUCGUGUUUAUUGUCGAAGGAAUGAGUGUUACACCGAGGCCUGUACUCCAGAGCGGGAUCGAUUUGAAGAUGGAGGGUCCGUCAUGGUCUGGGGCGGUGUGUCACAGCAUCAUCGGACUGAGCUUGUUGUCAUUGCAGGCAUUCUCAACGCUGUGCGUUACAGGGAAGACAUCCUCCUCCCUCAUGUGGUACCCUUCCUGCAGGCUCAUUCUGACAUGACCUUCCAGCAUGACAAUGCCACCAGCCAUACUGCUCGUUCUGUGCGUGAUUUCCUGCAAGACAGGAAUGUCAGUGUUCUGCCACGGCCAGCGAAGAGCCCGGAUCUCAAUCCCAUUGAGCACGUCUGGGAACUGUUGGAUCGGAGGGUGAGGGCUAGGGCCAUUCCCCCAGAAAUGUCCGGGAACUUGCAGGUGCCUUGGUGGAAGAGUGGGGUAACAUCUCACAACAAGAACUGGCAAAUCUGGUGCAGUCCAUGAGGAGGAGAUGCAUUGCAGUACUUAAUGCAGCUGGUGGCCACACCAGAUACUGACUGUUACUUUUGAUUUUGACCCCCCCUUGAUUCAGGGACACAUUAUUACAUUUCUGUUGGUCACAUGUAUGUGGAACUUGUUCAGUUUAUGUCUCAGUUGUUGAAUCUUGUUAUGUUCAUACAAAUAUUUGCUCAUGUUAAGUUUGAAAAUAAACCCAGUUGACAGUGAGAGGAUGUUUCUUUUUUUGCUGAGUUUAUAUACAAAAGUAUAUACCUGUUGCUGACAGGUGUAUAAAAUCGAACACACAGCCAUGCAAUCUCCAUAGUCAAACAUUGACAGUAGAAUGGCCUUGCUGACGAGGUCAGUGACUUUCAAUGUGGCACUGUCAUAGGAUGCCACGUUGCCCCAGACAACUGUAAAUGCUGUUAUUGUGAAGUGGAAACAUCUAGAAGCAACAACCGCUCAGCCGCGAAGUGGUAGGCCACACAAGCUCACAGAACAAGACCAUCGAACACCUUUGGGAUGAAUUGGAACGCCGAGUACGAGCCAGGCCUAAUCGCCCAACAUCAGUGCCCGACCUCACUAAUGCGCUUGUGACUGAAUGGAAAUCCCCGCAGCAAUGUUUCAACAUCUAGUGGAAAGCCUUCCCAGAAUAGUGUAGGCUGUUAUAACAGCAAAGGGGAACCAACUCCAUAUUCAUGGCCAUGAUUUUGGAAUGAUGUUCGACAAGCAGGUGUUCACAUACUUUUGGUCAUCUAGUGUACCUGGGGAGGGAGGGAGGGGGUGCGACCUCCAGUGCCUCCGAUUGUUUCAUAAUCAGUGGUAAACAUGGACAGUCACGUAGCAACCGGAGAGAGCGGUUCCAGAUGUGGUUGCAAAUUCCAGAAACUCAUUCUCUCCACACACAAAAACGUUGGAUUCAACAAGCAAAAUACUUAUCCUCGCCCUCCUGUCUACAGUUGCCUUUGGCUUUGGUCAUACUCGGUAGAACAAUGCAGUGGUUAUGCAUCGAAAUUAUCCUCAUCCAAUGCGUUAUUAAGCCUGCUUGCGUAUCUGAGCGAGUUAUAUAAACACUUGUAAACUCGAUGUUAAACCAGACAGUUCAUGUUGUACCUUCUACUAAUGUAUCGACGAUGUGCGCGGACAAAGUACAGAAGAAACCGUUGCGGCUCAUCGCCGCUGCAUGCAACAACAUGGGAAUAGGAAAAGAUGGACACUUGCCAUGGGAUUUACCGACAGAAUUCAAAUUCUUUUUGGACACUACAACAAAUGUCUCCCUACCAGGAAAAUUUAACAUGAUGGUGUGGGGCAGGGGCUGCUGGUUCUCCAACCCAGACAGUCUGUUCUCUAUGCUGCCCAAUGUCCUCCAUGUGGUCCUGAGUACCACCCUGAGCACUCUCCCGGAGCAUGCCCACUUCCUGUGUCAAGAUUUCGACAGCAUGAUCAGCUUAGCCUUGCUGCAACCCCUAUGUGACCUGGUGGAGACCAUCUGGGUUGUGGGUGGUCCACAGGUCUAUCAGGAGGCUCUGAUGCAUCCCUGGUGUGAACUCGUCUUCCUCACUGACAUCAUGGCUGACUUCGACUGUGACGUCUUCUUCCCGCAGUUUGACCGAAGCAUUUUUAAAAAACAACAGAGGUUUCCUGGAGUACCAAAUGAGAUUCAAGAGGAGAAUGGGGUUACAUUUAAGUUUGAAGUUUUCAAGAGGGAGAUCUGUAGUGCUGAGGUGAUUUAAAACUAACUUAAUGCAUGAAUGCAAACACUGACUAUUCUUUGUCAGACGUUGGGUGCCUUUUUGAACUAUUCAGUUCUCCAGUGCAAUUCUAAUAGUAAUCAUUAUCCAGUUGUACAAUACACAUGUCCCACUCACUCUGCUUCAUCUCAUCUACCAGUGACUCAAUCUGCACAGUUCCAUAACACUAAUGAAUCAGAUAAGUCAAUGUGUCCAUCCCAUUCAGAUUUGUCUUACUGUAGGUCAUGUGUUGUCAGAUACAGAAGGGUUUUCAUAUUUGGCACAAAUGAUCGAUCCACUGCUGUCCCAUAUAAUAUCCUCCCUUGUCUGAUGUAUCAUCCUUGCUAUCCUCUCUCCUCAUCUGUAAUAUUCUGCUAGGACCAAACCAAUAUGGUUCUGUCUGAGUCAGAGAUCAUGUCAGACGAGUGGUCUGGGGUGACUCAUAACAACAUGGGCACUAAGGAUGGGGGGUUGUUCCUGAUAGUUCCUACGUAACAGAGGGCGAUAUUUAUGUCUGAAGAUUUCAUAACAUAUUGCGAUUUACGGCAUGAAGUCGCCACCCAAAGGCUGGAAAUCAGCCUGGAGUGGUUUUUACAUUUAUAAUUAUGAUGCAAUCAAAAGAGUAUAAGAGUGGUUAGUAUGAGCCAGGAAAUUAAUAUUUUAUUCCAGAUAAACAAAAAAUGUCUUGCUUAUUCUGAAUUAUGUUUCUUGAAAGGUGUAGGAGAGCUGUUAUUACAUUUAUUGCAAAUGUUUACAAUUGAGGAAUCUCUGCAAUGUAGUGAUGUACGUUGUAAUGAUACUUGCAUGUUUUCCCCAAAGGAACUGUAUGUAUCUUCUAUUGUAAAUUCUUCAACUUGGCAUGAUAUUGUAUUUGUCAUCAUGUCUAAUUGAAACACUUGUCAAUCAGUAAAUAUUCAUUCAACUCCAUCUUUCAGUAUACAAUGUUGGAGUAAAUGAUCCACUAGAUGGAGACAUAAGACAAGACAUAGAGAACAAAGUGCCCCCUGAAACCAAUUUCUUUCCCUUUCUACAACAAUAAAAACAUGAUCGAAUGUCA